AUGGCUCGGUGAAUGUUCAUGUGGAUCAGAACCUGCAACGUGAACCCAGGCUGCGGCUUCUCCUGGCUGAAAAUUUGUUGCGAGACACCAUUGCCCUGAUUCAGAGACUAGAGGGAGAGCCCAUGGAUGGUUCUUCAGCUCAGGAUUCUGCUCCACCCCCUUCUUACACCACCUCUACACCAUCUCCUUCUGUCCAGCCCAUAGACACAUACCCUCUUCCAUCCAGCUCACCUCCUUCAUCCUCUACUUCUGCUCAGACUGAUAAUGCACCUCUUCAUCCUUCAGGCACCAACCAUCCCAGCCCUGCAGAACUGGUCGAGAUGUUAGGAGAGCUAAGAAGAGUAGAAGAGAGACUCCAGCCAUUCAUCCAGAGAGCUCACUCUAUCCUGGAGGCAGCCACCACUGCUGAAUACAACAAUAAUACACAGGAGAGAGAGGAGGACCAGCAUUUUCUAAACCUGGUGGGAGAAGCUCUUCGGCUCUUAGGAAAUGCUCUGGCUGUCCUGAGUGAUCUGCGCUGUAAUCUGUCGAGUGCACCUCCACGUCACCUGCAUGUGAUAAGGCCAUAUAUUUCUCACUACGCUACCUCUGUUCUGCAACCAGGUGGUGUGCAUCACAUGCCCAUAGAGGUAAGAUUUAGUGUUUGCACAUAUUUUAUAAACAAGAGACAAAGCUGAAAUCUAAUCUGAGAGAAAUGACCAAAUUAGUAGGUUAAACAGAAAGUGCUGCUGUUUGAAACGUGUUCUUUUUAUGAGUUGCAACUAUGUCUAAUGUCUAAAAUUAUUUAUGUGUAUUAUCUACACAUUAUU